AUGGACUCAAUUAGUAUAGUCCAGGAAAUAAAAUUCUUGCUGUUAAUAUUCCUCCUUACCACCACAUCCUGCUUAGGCCAGAUUAAAAGAGCAAUACCACACGAUGUCCAACUGGAUAUCAAUGUAAAACUUACCAAAGUGGACAAUGAAUAUUUGGUACAUUUUAAAAAUUACUAUUGGCGUUCGGCAAGAGAAAAAUAUAUAAAUGCAGCAUUUGGUAGGCACAAUUCAUCAGUCAAUUGGAGUUUUGUAGCCCGACCCGCAUUGUCCGAUUUAUAUCCCAGUGAUUUUGAGGUCAUACAGACAUCUACAACAAAUGUGAUAGAUAUUUUAAAAUUACAUCCAGCCAUUAAAAGUGUAACACAACAAAAUCUAAUUACGCGUGAUUUGAAAUAUAUUCCACACGGAAAUUAUACCGAUUAUCAGCCACGCCAUUUGUUGGCUGUCGUACCAGGUGGUCAUAUUACCGAUUUAUUAAAUGUACGUGAAUUGUGGAGCCGUGGCAUAACUGGUAAGGGAAUCAAGGUGGCUGUUUUCGAUACGGGGCUACCAAAACAUCAUCCGCAUUUUCGCAAUGUCAAGGAGCGAACAAAUUGGACAAAUGAAAAGUCUCUAGAUGACGGGGUUAGUCAUGGUACAUUUGUGGCUGGGGUAAUUGCCUCCUCCAAAGAGUGUUUGGGCAUUGCUCCCGAUGUGGAGUUGCAUAUUUUCAGGGUGUGUACCAACAUACAAGUGUCGUAUACUUCUUGGUUUUUGGAUGCCUUCAAUUAUGCCAUGUUCCGUAAAAUAAAUGUUUUGAAUUUAAGUAUUGGUGGACCGGACUUUAUGGACCGACCAUUUGUCGACAAAGUUUUGGAGCUGUCGGCAAAUAAAAUCAUCAUGAUAUCAGCAAUUGGUAAUGAUGGUCCCCUAUAUGGUACCCUUAACAAUCCGGGUGAUCAGAGUGAUGUUAUUGGGGUUGGUGGAAUUAAUUCAGAUGAUAUGGUGGCAAAAUUCAGUUCGAGAGGUAUGACAACAUGGGAAUUACCUCGGGGUUAUGGACGUGUAAAACCCGAUAUUGUAACCUAUGGCAGCCAUGUUAAGGGCAGCAAUUUAAAUGGUGGCUGUAGAUCGCUGUCGGGAACAUCAGUGGCAUCACCCGUUGUGGCUGGUGCAGUGGCAUUAAUAUUAAGUGGUGAUUUAUCCAAAUUGCCUUUGGUCAAUCCGGCUUCCGUGAAACAAAUCUUGGCUGAGGGAGCCACAAAAUUAAAGCAUAAUAACAUAUUCGAGCAAGGUCAUGGCAAGUUGAAUGUUUCGAAAAGUAUGAACCUGUUGAAGGCAUAUGAACCCAAAAUCACUCUCAGUCCGGCUUAUAUGGAUUACACGGAUCCCUAUAUGUGGCCUUACAGCUCACAGCCAAUGCAUUGUGGUGGCAUGGCAUCAAUUAUUAAUGUGACCAUAUGGAAUGCCUUGUCGGUAAGAGGGAAAAUCUUAGAAGCUCCCAAAUGGCAACCAAAUUUAGAGGAAAAUGGAGAGAUACUACAAGUUGAAAUAAGUUAUUCUCCAGUGCUGUGGCCUUGGUCUGGUUGGAUGGCAGUUAAAGUGAAAGUCAAAGAUAUGGCAUGUCUCUAUGAAGGUGAAGCUGAGGGUUCAGUUAGCCUGACCAUAACAACAGCUGGUCGCAAUGAAACCAUACAUUUUCCAAUUAAAGUGAAAAUUGCACCCAAACCACCCAGGCAUAAACGCAUUCUAUGGGAUCAAUAUCAUAAUAUACAAUAUCCCCCAGGCUAUAUACCCAGAGAUAAUUUGAAAAUUAAAUCAGAUCCGUUGGAUUGGCGUGGUGAUCAUAUACACACAAAUUUUCGAGAUAUGUAUCAUCAUUUGAGAAAUCAUGGCUAUUACAUAGAUGUGUUGGGUAUGCCAUUUACAUGUUUCAAUGCCUCGGAUUAUGGUACUUUACUAAUUGUCGAUCCAGAAGAGGAAUUUUUUGAUGAAGAAAUUCAGAAAUUACAAAGAGAUGUCUAUGAAUAUGGUCUGGGUGUGAUUGUCUUUGCCGAUUGGUAUAAUACCACAGUUAUGAGGAAAAUGAAAUUUUUCGAUGAAAAUACCAGAGAAUGGUGGAUGCCAGAUACUGGGGGAGCAAAUGUGCCAGCACUAAAUGAACUCUUAGAAGGAUUUGGCAUUUCGCUAAGUGAUACCAUUGCAGAGGGUUAUUAUGAGCUAGGUGAACAUCAGGUGUAUUAUGCCAGUGGUACCACGCUCAAUACAUUUCCACAAAAUCCUGAUAACAUUAUUAUAACAGCCCGUCUAACGGAUCAAGGCACUGAAGUGAUAAAUAAAAAACCCGAUAAUCAUGAACAGAAGAUACACACGAAUUAUCCCAUAUUGGGAUUAUUUCAAAUAAAAGAAACCAAGGAAGGUCGUAUCGCUAUUAUGGGGGAUUCCAAUUGUAUCGAUUCAACACAUGCUGAAAAAUCCUGUAUGUGGCUAUUGGAUGCUCUUCUGGCGUACACCAUGAAUUCACAUGUCGCUUCAUUGCUCAAUAAAUUGAAUACCAUGGACACAUAUAGAAAUACGAAAAAUCAAUUACCACUAACCACCAAUCCAAAGCGACUGAAAAGUUCAAAAUUAUAUCGAUAUUCAAAAGUUUUAGAUCGUAAGGAUAAAUUUCGUAAACGACAAUUGGAAGCGUGUUGA